AGCCAUUGCUCUGACACUGACACGGGGUGGCUGCUAGAUAUUUCGAACUCGUUGGCAGCCCCUCAAGUUGCUCCGUCCAAUUAAGACAAAGAAGGGGGAGGUCAGGAGAGGAGACAAAGAAGGUAGAGAAAGGGGGAAUGGGGGCUGCCGGAUCCGCGUUGAAUGGAAGCUCCAUCCACGAGUUCACUGUCAAGGAUGGCAACGGCAGGGACGCGGAUCUGGGGAUUUACAAGGGCAAGGUCCUUCUCGUCGUCAAUGUCGCCUCCAAAUGCGGGUUCACAAAUAGUAACUACACGCAGCUAACGGAACUAUAUAACAGGUACAAGGGCAAAGAUUUUGAGAUUUUAGCAUUUCCAUGCAAUCAGUUCUUGGGACAAGAACCUUGGGAUGAUCAGAAAAUAAAGGAGUUUGCUUGUACAAGGUUCAAGGCUGAUUAUCCAAUUUUCCAGAAGGUUAAAGUAAAUGGUCCGGCCACGGCGCCAGUUUACAGGUUUCUCAAGGCAAGCAAACCUGGUUUUUGCGGGAAGAGGAUCAAGUGGAAUUUCACCAAGUUUCUAGUCGAUAAGAAUGGCAAGGUUAUCGGUCGCUACGGGACUUCCACACCCCCCUUGUCCAUUGAGAAAGACAUUGAGAAGGCACUCGGCAGCCAGCACAACGAGUAAGAAUAUCCUUGGAAAGAAGUAAGAAACAUAAUAUCUGAGACUCUAAAGCCCCUAGUUACUUUAAGGUAUCAUGCAUUUUCUUGUAUAUAUUUUUUGUUAAUAUUUUCUGUUUGUUGUAUGUAGAUAUUUCAUAUUGGGUUACGUUGUACCACUAGCUGUUCAUGUUCAUUUUCA